AUGGAUCGUCCCCAAAACUCUUUUGAAUUGGAAUUUUAUCUGAAUCCAGCAGCUUUAUUCAUGAAUGGAGAAGCCAAUCCACCCAGUGAGGAAGUCCGAGUCAACCCAGAGGAUAUUAAACUUACCUUCUUUCUAUGUCUGGUGUCCCUAAACCCAGCCGUCUACAUGAGCAUGAUGAGUAUGAUGACCAAAACCCCAACCAAGUAUCCCAUGAUCCGUACCGAGAUGAGACAGUUUCCCCUAGACAAUGGGGCCACUUCUAAAGAAAUCAACAACCCAUUCAAUGGAAAGGUGCCCCAAAGAGUCAUCAUUGGUAUUCUGAAAACUACUGCAUUCAAUGGUCAAUACAACGAAGACCCCUUGGCCUUUGGAAAAUUUGGGGUGGAAUACAUCAAACAAAUUGUGAAUGGAGAAGAAUACCCAUACGAGACUUUGGAACUCAACACGGCUAAUGGUCAAAAAGACUUGGUGGGUUAUCACCGAUUUCUGGAUGCUACUGGCUGUCUGUACAGAAAUGCAGGAAACAUGGUGCGAUUCAAAGACUGGGGUCAUGGAAAAAAUUGCACGCUGUUUGCGUUUUCCAAUGUGGCCAAUGGAAGACACGAUGACCCGGUUCUUCUACCUAAAAAUGAAGGCUUCAUCAACAUUCACAUUAAAUGUGCAGGGCAAGCAAGUCAGAAAACGGUGAUCGUUUAUGCUGAAUAUGAAGGCAUUAUGGAAAUUGAUGGCAUUAAAGGAGCUACCACGAUGGAAGUGCAUUAGUGAUGGAGUUUGUGUGGCUUACUACGAAUCAACUCAACGCUUUAGCGGAUAGCGAUCCAGAACUCCGCAAGUACUUUGUGAGUGCUUUAGCCUGUGACGAACUACCCGAGUCGCCUGAACGUGUGAAACCGAGAGCUUACAUUGUCAAUACUCACCCUGCAGACAAACCUGGGGAACACUGGAUAGCUGUGUGGACCGAACACGAUAGCUGUGAAAUUUUAGAUAGUUAUGGUUUAGAUUUAACCACCUAUGAAUUUCUGACACCAUUCAUUGUAUGGUUAAACCGAUGGUCUUACGUGCGUAAAAAUACUCGAGCAUUACAAUCUGUAAAACCGCAAGUUGUGGAAACUAUGCCAUCAUUUAUUUAAUGUGUAAAGCAAGACGCAAGAGUAUGGAUGAGUUUUUUUUCCAUGUUUUCUAAAAAGGAUUAUGUAGGCAACGAUGAUAAAGUAGGCGACAUGUUAGAAGAUAUCAUUCAAUCGUUAAUAAAAUAAAAGGAAUUAAAUAAAAUCGUGUCAUUUUUGUGUAACUCGCUUUUAGCAAUCAUGUUCAAGUGUGUGGAACCAGGAUUUUUGUUCAAAUCCCCUUCCAAUAUUUUGAUUGUGGGCCCUACAAGUUGUGGAAAAACCAUCUGCUUUUAGAAAAUUUAGACCUCUUUGACGAAAGACCGCCCCGCGUGCAUUACUGUUAUGGAUCCUGGCAAAAUAAGUUUGACGACAUGCAACGCCAUGGCAUAGAAUUUUUUUAAAGGAGUGCCUACCCACGACGAUUUAACAACAUGGUUUGGAGAUAAACGAGGGGUAUUCUUGUCUUGGAUGAUCUCAUGUCGGAGGGAGGAGAUGACAGAGAAAUACUUAAUCUUUUCACACAAUAUUCUCACCACAUGAAUGUCACCGUGUGUUAUCUCUGCCAAGACAUGUUCCCUCAAGGAAAAUAUGCCAAGACCAUCUCUAGGAAUGCGCAAUACAUUAUUGCCUUUAAAAAUCCUAGAGAUAAAGUGGCGUUGCGCACCUUACUGCUACAGAUAUACCCGACCAAGUGGCUACCUGUCAUGGAUAUAUAUAACGCAUGUACGGACAGACCCUAUGGUUAUUUGUUAUUUGACGUACACCCUGCAAGUAGAGAUUCUACGAGACUUUUAAGUCACUUGUUACGACACGAAGGGUGUGUACGCUGUUACAGAGAGAAAUAAAUAAGAAAGAUGCCUGGUUAUAAGCGCAGUAUGCCCACAACCCGAAGGAGAAGAAGAGUGAAAAGAAGAGUGAAAAGAAGACUAACCAAAAGAGGACAAAAGGAGGUAUCCUACCAUUAGCGGCACUCAUUCCAGCCCUCAUUGCUGGAGGUAAAGCAUUGGGUUUAGGUGCCCUUGGAGGAGCUGCAUCGUUUGGGGCUAAAAAGGCCUAG